AUGUCCCUCUUUGAGCCACAUGUAGACGACCAGCUUGAGUUCUCAUUCAUCUUAAACUCAAGUCUAGAUAUCUUUGAUAUGCGGCAACAACACACAUCUGUGGACCAGGACCUUGGUCUCCUCCACGCCUUGGAUGAAAGACUCUCUGUUUAUGGAUGGUUGACAAAUACUGGAGUCAAGUUUGCCAUAGUCGUGGACCUCGAAGGGAGGACUUCAGCGCAUUCAUCAGCGCAUGAGCGACCUCUACCCGUUGUCGGGCUGCGGGAUUCCGAUUUAAAGCCGGCAUUCCGAGCAUUGCAAACAGCAUAUGUAAAACUACUGCAGAACCCCUUCUACAACCCAGACGACAAUGUCCUUGGGAAGGAAAGCCAGACACAGCCAAAACCAAAGGGGAUUGCUAGCCGCCAGUUUGUUGAAGAGGUCAACCGGAUUGGUAGAACGUGGGCUCCAGGCGUAGCAGGUCAUUAA